ACCGCCUCUCCAGGAGGGAUUACUUCCAAUCGCCAUCGACCAUCGACCAUCAUCAUCUCAUCCCCCACCUUCCUCCUCUUCUCAUCCCUCGCCCUCCCUCUCCCGUCUACCCUCCCCACCCUCUGGCGCCCUUACCCGGAUUGAAAGAUAUCUGGCUCCCUUUCUCCAUUCCCUCUCCGCCCCCUCUCCCCUCUCACACUACCAUCGCACACUGCUCUCUUACCGCUAUCACUGCCACAGCCUGUCCCCAGCUUGGUUGUCACCCCUGCCCACAUAGUCCUCAGUCUUCAAUCCAUGCCACACUCGUGCCCUCCCUCCUGAACCAGGUCCUACUUUACUUCCUCCUUUCAUCUCCUUGCUUAGCCCGACACAAUGGCUGACCAUCCCACCACUAUCACCACCACUGUUCAUCACACCACGACUAGGGGGGCCACAGGCACGCCAACAGGCACUGCCAGAUCCACCAGCCAAUCGACGAGCCGUGUCUCGCGUACUGCAACGCGUACUGGGACCGCCACGUCCAUCACCACGUCCAUCACUGCUACCAUAUCUCCAACCCCUUCCCUUACUCCAGCGCCUGAAAGCGGUGUGUCUGGUGCCCUUAUUGGAGGCAUUGCCGCAGGAGUGGCCCUCCUGGUUGCACUUGUGGGCGUCCUCUUCUACAAGAGACGCAAGAGGGCUGCUGUCGGUGUCGCAGACGCGUCCAAAAAUGGCGGCAAGGCCGGUCCCGUAGCAACCACGGAAACCCCUCGUUCGGCCCACAAUGCUAUCUCAGGGCCCAUGGCCCUGGCGCCUGAAGACGGCAUCGAUGCUGUACCCGCGCAUCGUCCAGAGGCCCAGUUCCGGCAGCAGCAGCAGUUCCGUCCUGGAAUGAGAGAUGAGCUCUUUGCCCAGCCUGGAAGUGCCCUCCAUAACACCAUCAGCGAGAAACAGGGCCAUAACAAUGGUAUCAAACCUGGCGCUGACGGUCCUGGAUCCGUCAGCCUUGGUAGCAUUCAGAAGGACGAACAUGGAGAUAAAGGCAACCGACCUCCACGUCCCCACGAAGAGCAAAAUUCUAACGCCUUUUACGGUGAUCAUCUUGUCAACGACUACUACGGUGGCCCAGAUCAUCCUUCAACUGAGGGAGCCAUUGGCGCACAGCGUCCUCCGAAAACAAAAGAUGCUAUGCACGGCAACCUGACCCCAGCGCCUGAAUAUUACUUGGGUAAAGAGGACAUCGACCCCCGGCGCGACCUCCGAGGACUCGACUCUCUAGAUACCUAUGUGACAAAAUCUCCCUCGGCGCCCGAUGCUCGCCGACCCCAGCCAUCCAAGGGUAGUCCCCGCUCCUCGUAUUCAUCCGAUCGCGAUAGUGCCUACCUGACCCUAGAGCAGGCGCAACAGGCUCACAACCACAAGAUGAUGGGCCACAAACAAAGCAUUGGGUCAGUAGACAUGUUGUUGGAAAGCUCUUCUCACAGCCAGCACCAGAACCGUCCCAAUGAUCGCUCAAACGAUCGGUCCAAUGGUGCGCCUCCCGACCAUCUGCUUUCGGUCGCCAUGACAGAAUCGACUGUCUCCAUGAUGCCUUCGCUCCCUCCGACGGCCAGCCCCAUGCCUCUGAAUGGUAUCAAACACCAGAAUGGCCCAUACGACCCUCAGAUGCAACAUCAACAGUCCCCUCGAAAUGGACCCCCUCAGCGUGGCCCAGGUCCUGGUCCAGGUCCUGGUCCAGGUCCUUAUUCACCCCAAUUUGCUGGCGGUAGAGAGGACCCCUAUGCGGAGAGCGCGUUCAGUGAAGAUUUCCCUGAUGAUCGGUCCUUGGCUUCAGGAAGUUACUAUAAUCCGCACUAUGCAGGACAGCAGCAGCAACAGCAGCAGCAACAGCAACAGCAGCAGCAGCAGCAGCAGCCGUACUAUCAUCCUCAAUCUCCAUCCUCACACUAUCCUCAGAACGGCCGCGGCGGUCCUUAUUCGCCUCAGCCUAUGUCGCCUCCAUACAACCCUAAUUACCCUCCUUACCCACAGCAGCAAGGUUACAACAACAGACCACAGCAGGGAUCGCCAAACUAUCCCAACUCUCGCCCUCCACCACCACAUAAUGGCCCUGGGUUCCAGCGCGAUGGGCCCUAUCAAAGGCAGUACUAGACGGUUUAGGGAGAUGUUCCUGUUUAAUAAAAAACGCGCAUUGUUGUUUUGACUCCACC